UUUACUGUUAACUGUCUGUUGUUCAUUAGCUUCUGUUUCUGCCGAGUUUUACCAAAUAAAAGCGAAUAAAUUUAAUAUAUCUGCAAACAUUUUACGUAAAAUCAAGAAUUCGCUUCGCCAGCGCAAGAAGAAGCACCGCCCACGGCAGGCCACGCCCCCAGUGCGCCCCGAUCCCAAGGACCUCGCCGCCAAAAUGGAGAGCAACUUGAACAGGAUCAUUCGUGAAUCGGCCAAACUGAAACUCUGCGGGCAGCUCAGCAAAUACACCAAUGUGAUGAAGGGAUGGCAGUACCGCUGGUUCACGGUGGACGCCAAAACGGGAUCGCUGAGCUACUACCUGUGCGACUCGUCGACGGUGGGCGACGACAUCGCGCCCUCGCCCCACGUCCUGGCCAGUGCUCCCAGGGGCCAGGUGCAGCUGGCCGGCGCAGUGGUGUACCCGAGUGACGAGGACUCCAGGACGUUCGCAAUCGCCUGCGCCUCCGGGGAUACAGUGAAGCUGAGGGCCAACGAUGCCAGGGCCCGGCAGGAGUGGGUGGAUGGCCUGCGGGCGGUGGUCGAGAGCCACAUGAAGGCGAUGGACAUCAGCAACUCGUCGCCGCUUCCUCCGCGGGAAUUGCUCGCCGCCUCCGAUGCCAUGGUUUCAGCGCGCCAAGCUCUGUUUCUCACGGAACAAUGCAACGCUUCUCUGGCCAGGGCCAUCGAGAGCAUCGACUGUGCUUCCUUCUCGCCCACGGAUCCCGAUCUUCUUCUGCUCAAGGCGAUCUCCACGGCCAGCACCCAGUGCCUGCACCAGUGCUUGGGAUUGCUGCAACGCCACCAGGAGAUCAAUCAGCCAGUAGCGGAGGCAGUGCCUCUUGUGCUCUGAGAGACGCCUGCUGCAAGGAUAGUUUCCAGUUUCCACUAAGAUAUGCCCAAUAAACACUAAGCCAAAACGCAAUCCAAAUCAAGAAUCAAGAUUCAAGACAAUGGCUUGGUAAGCAAUGAGAA